GCUUCGACUCGCGAGCUUCGUACGCACGUACCUCGGUUCUUUUCUACUUUUUGUAACUCAACAACCACUUUCGCGUGUUAGUGCCUUUUGUGUGCGACAAGCCGACUUUGGUACUUUGUUGUUGUUGCUAGGUUGCUUUGGCCACGGCGCACGGCGACUUUGCGAGCAGUUCGAUUCGCCAUGAUGCAGACCAACGGCGAGCACGCUGAGAACGGCUUCGAGAGGACCGGCUGGACGAUCGGCCUGAUCAACGGCAAAUUCAAGUACCUGACGGCGGAGACGUUCGGCUUCAAGAUCAACGCGAACGGCGCAAGCCUGAAGAAGAAGCAGCUGUGGACGCUGGAGGGCAACGAGCAGCAGGUCUACCUGCGCUCCCACCUGGACCGCUACCUCGCCGUGGACCAGUUCGGCAACGUGACCGGCGAGACCGAGGACGCCGGCGACCCCGGCUGCGCCUUUCAGAUCCACAUCGCCAGCGACGGAAGCGGUAGAUGGGCGCUCAAGAACGUGCAGCGGGGCUACUUUCUAGGAUCGAGCCAGGACGAGCUCAAGUGCACGGCCAAGGCGCCCGGCGAGUCCGAGUACUGGCUCGUUCAUCUCGCCGCCAGGCCUCAGGUGAACCUACGCUCGGCAGGCCGCAAGCGUUUCGCUCACCUGAGUGCGUCGCAGGACGAAAUCCACGUGGACGCGCCAGUGCCAUGGGGCGAGGACACCCUCUUUACCCUGGAGUUCCGUGGACCGAGCGAGCACGUCGACUCGCGUGGCAAACCCGAGGGCGGCCAUUACGCUUUGCACACUUGCAACAACAAGUACUUGGCGCGCGAUGGCAAGCUGCUCGAGACUUGCACCCGCGACUGCCUCUAUGCCGCCGAGUUCCACGCUGGACUUCUUGCCCUCAGAGACAUAAGCGGCAGCUAUCUGGCGCCGAUCGGCAGUAAGGCCGUGCUGAAGUCGCGCUCGACCAGCGUGACCCGAGACGAGCUGUUCUCGUUGGAGGACUCGCUGCCCCAGGCCUCGUUCGUAGCCGCCCUCAACCAGCGCUACGUGUCGGUGAAGCAAGGCGUCGACGUGACGGCCAACCAAGACGAGAUCUCCGGCCACGAGACCUUCCAACUAGAGUUCGAUCGCACGACGAAGCGCUGGUACGUGCGCACGAUGCAGGACCGCUACUGGACCCUCGAGUCCGGCGGUGGAAUCCAAGCCUCCGAGCAUAAGCGCAGCUCCAACGGCUUGUUCGACUUGAUCUGGCAGCCGGAGGACGGCACCGUGGCGUUGCGCGGCAAUAACGGCAAGUACUUGGCCACCAAGCGCUCUGGACAUCUCUACGCCAACGCCGACAACGUGAACGUGGAGAACGACGCAUGCAAGUACUACUUCUAUCUGAUGAAUCGGCCCGUGCUCGUGCUGCGCUGCGAGCAAGGAUUCGUCGGGCCCAAGAGUGCCGCCAGUCCCAAGCUCGAGUGCAACAAGGCUGGCUACGAGACCAUCAGGGUCGAGCGAUGCGAGCGCGGCAUCGUCAGAUUCAAGGGGCAAAACGGCAAGUACUGGCACGCAGACAGCGAGGGAGUAACAGUCGACUCGGACGUGCCGUCGUGCGGCUUCUACCUUGAGCUUCGCGAGCCCUCGCGGCUUUGCAUCAAGAGCACUGACGGUCGUUACUUGUCUGCCGGCAAGAAUGGAGCCUUGCGCCUCGGCGAGAUCGACUACGCCUCCGCCACCAAGUGGGAAUUCUAAAUUUACCUCGUCGCCGUCACACGCGAGCGACGAGCAGCGUCUCCUCGCGCGCGGAAGAUCGCAUUUUUUUUCCUUUUUCUCGAAAGGUGAUGGGUGAGCUUUGUGGAUCGGGGAGCAAGCUCACUUGCAUGGGUGUGCAUGCGAAUCGGAGCCCCUUUUGUAAUCUCCAGUUUAAUUAAAGAUGAAGAGAAAACGCUGAGAUCGCAACAAGUCUUUCGCUCGAGCGAGGGACACCAACUUUAUAUGCUUAUCGCAGAAAAAAGCUUUGUACUCUUAUAGAAGCCAAACUCGCGUGCGUUGUGUCUACCGCUCGCGAGAGCCAACUCACUUCGAAUCAAUCCAUUCCAAUUCGAUACCUUUUUUAUAAAUAUAUAUAUAUAUAUACAUAUUUAUAUAUACACGUGCACUUUUAUACCAAAUAGACGUUGUUUGAGAGGGAGAACCAAGUCUGUUGCGGCAAUACAUGUGUUGUAAGAGGAAGAAAAGAGUUGCAAAGACCGGGAAUGGAAUUUAUUAGAUGUACGUUCUUUUUUGGAGUCGACGCAGUUCAGUCUUCGACGUCGAUGAUAAAUUUCUCUUUUUCAGCUCGGCGACUGGGCUGCGAAUGAAUUUUUUACGUGUCGAUCACGCACUUUUUCAUAAAUGGUCGUUUAUACAUAAACAAAAUGAAAUUUUUUUCGAUGCAAUCUGUCUUUUGUGUAAAUAUAUAUACUCUUGUACUUAAUAACAAACUAUAUUUCUAUCCCAAUUUGGCUAAGUAAACCUUUCGUACUAACUUUUAUUGUCUCCUUUUUAUAUAAAUAUACCUAUAUACAUAAAAGUAUAUAAUUAUCAUUAUCGAGAUGAAAUGCAAUGAUGGAAGAAAAAAAGGUAAAAAGAAUGAAGUGCAGUAGAAUUAUAAGGAUAUUUUAUUUCUAUAGCAUCGAUCGUUUGGUAUUAGGAUGAUAUUUUGUAGUUUCGCGCAAUUUCUUUUUCUUGUAUGUAUCUCGUUGUUCAUAUAACGAGGUCGUCAAAUACUCUAUAAUGAACAAAAUAAAUAUAAAAAUACUAAGCGACGUGUCAAAGCCUCGUAAAAUUAAUAAACGGUUUUUAUGAA